UGUAUAUGCGAACACAGGUUUUCUGUCCUGAAAGGGAGAGGAGUCCAUGUAGUGCAGAUAAACAGGCUUACAACUGAAAAGCAGUGCAGGCAGGCUUGUCAAAGCCCAGGUGCUUCAGAUAACCAUUACUGUAAUUGGUCUGUGCCCUACCAGAAUCACUGCAUCUUCUUGCAGUGUCGCCAGCUGAGCGUGUGCCAGAAUGCUGGAGAACAAGACAUCAAAGAUCUGCUCGGAGAAAUUGUCGGUGGGAAAAGGGAGACAGUCCUGUUUCACCACCAAAGCUAUCUGCAGAGAAAGGAGAGGAUGCUGAAUGCAUGGGUUGACCAGCACAACAUGGAAAACCUGUUUUCCACAACUGCUCAGACUCAUAAGAUUGACUUGAAGCAUUUGUUUGUGGCUGGGAGUGAAGAUGUAACAACAAAUGCAAGAAAAACAAUUGCAAGCCAUGCUACCACCACCACAGCAACCACCACCACUGCCACAGCCGUAAAAACAAAUGUUAUAAACGCAACUGUCCUCACUACAGCUUAUGAAACAACUGCCAAAGCCUCAAAUGGCCCUGGAGGUUCUGGUGUCCUUGCUGAAGCCAUGUCAUCCACUGCCUCUUCUCCCAUUUCUGUUAACAUCUCUGCUUCCACUUCCAGCCAUGUCACCAAGCUUGUGACCACCACUGAAAAAUCAGGAAAUAGUAGCCCUGUCUCAGUAUUGUCCCCCACUUCUACUUCUGUUCCCCUUGCUGUCAUUUCUGAAGCAGGUACUCAAAUGGCUCAAACAGAGCAGGUUAACCCAGCCAUCACUACCAUCAGCACUCCCCGCUCUACUAGCCCCUCCACUGUUGGAGCUGGCCCAACGACACUGAGCACAACGUUGACCACCCUCAUCCCGCAGGAUGCAGGAGCAUCUUCCACUGCUUCCAUUCAUGCCACGGCAUUCAACCCCUUGGAGAGUUCACACUCUGGGAAUCCACUGCCUGGCAUUACAUUGCUGUAUCUAGGGCCAGAAGCAAGUACAGCCACAACAUCCUUGAGUAAAUCAACUUCUCUUCUGGGCUCUACAAGAGAUGCCACAGUUUUAACUACUGCCUCUACAGCAGAAACUAUGACUGGGCAUGGGAUAAAGUCAACAUCUCACAUUUUUUCAACAACCACGGCUCCAGCAGAUGCACGCAAAACAACAGCUUCGGGCUUUGCAGAAACUCAGGACAUGGACAAUGAGUAUCUUCGCAUUGCUGCCGAGCCCCUGACUCAGUACUUAGUGGAUAAAAGUUUGCUUCUUGCAGUGCUUUUAGUUGGUACGGUUUUUUUCAUAACUGUUAUAGUUCUUUUCCUUAUGCAGGCCUAUGAGAGCUACAAGAAGAAGGAUUACACACAAGUGGAUUACUUGAUCAAUGGAAUGUAUGUGGACUCAGAGAUGUGAAAGGGUGGGGAUGAAACAGUGGGCAGAGAGAUGGAAAAAAGAUUGAAAGCCUGCCUGACUUGUUUUUCUUUCCUAUUUGCCUAUAACAAACUGAAAGUGCUUCCAAAUUUACUUCUGGUGCAAUUGAGGAGAAAUGCCAU